ACCCACCUUACUCAACAGAGUCUGGCAUCAGCUUUUUUAUGCGCUUUUGCUUUCCCCUUUGCUUUCUUUUACUCACCGGUCACCACUCAAUUAUUGUGUUUGGCAAAAAAGUCUGCAUCUGGGUCCACCACCAUCAAUGAUUCCUUCAAGUUCAAGCCCUUGGCAAAAGAGACCAGUCUUUACUCUUUACUUUGCUGUUUGCUGCUGUGAUUCUGCAUUCCGCUUACCUUCAUUUUUCCUGUAUUCAAUCUCGCUGAAUUCCUUUUGCAAUGGCGGACGCACUCCUCUCGGCUUCUCUUCAAGUUCUAUUCGAAAAGUUGCUUUCUCCGGAGCUCACCAACUUCUUCUGGGCACAAAAGCUUAGCCAAGAACUCCUCACCGACUUUAAGAGGAAAUUGCUGGUUGUCCACAAAGCGCUCAAUGAUGCGGAGGUGAAGCAAUUUUCAGACCCACUGGUCAAAGAGUGGCUGGUCCAAGUUAAGGAUGUGGUGUAUCAUGCGGAGGACCUGUUGGACGAGAUCGCUACCGAAGCCUUGCGGUGCGAGAUAGAAGCUGCUGAGGUCCGAACUGGCGGAAUUUAUCAGGUGUUGAACAAGAUCUCUACCAGGGUUAAGGCUCCCUUUGCCAACCAAAGCAUGGAGUCCAGGGUCAAGGGCUUGAUGACCAGACUUGAAAACAUUGCAAAAGAAAAAGUUGAGCUUGAGCUGAAAGAAGGUGAUGGUGAGAAACUGUCACCAAAAUUACCAUCCUCUUCUUUGAAGGAUGACUCCGUCGUCUACGGCAGGGAUGAAAUUAAGGAGGAGUUGGUGAAGUGGUUGCGUUCUGACAAGGAAACUGCAGCAGCCAACAACGUCAUAGAUGUGAUGUCCAUAGUGGGCAUGGGCGGCAGCGGCAAGACCACACUCGCUCAGCUUCUCUAUAACCAUAAAAGAGUGAAGAAACACUUCCACCUGAAAGCAUGGGUCUGUGUUUCCACGGAGUUUCAUGUUAUCGGUGUAACCAAAUCAAUUCUUGAGGCGAUCGGUUGUAAACCUACUUCCGAUGCGAGCCUAGAUUUGCUUCAACGUCAACUCGAAGACAAACUUGGCAACAAGAAACUUCUGCUCGUUCUCGACGACGUCUGGGACGUAAAGUCUCUUGAUCAGGAAAGUUGGGGUACACUACGAACUCCACUCCUCGCUGCAGCCCAGGGAAGCAAGAUUGUUGUGACCAGUCGUAGCGUAACUGUUGCAAAAGUCAUGCGUGCAAUCCAUACUCAUCAGCUGGAAACAUUAACCGAUAAACCUAGUUGGUCCCUAUUUACAAAACUUGCAUUUCCAAAUGGAGACUCCUGCGCUUAUCCUCAGCUUGGACCCAUAGGCAGAGAGAUUGUGAAGAAGUGCCAAGGAUUGCCUCUGGCUGUGAAAGCACUCGGGAGUCUCUUGUCCUCUAACCGCGAAAGAAGAGAUUGGGAAGAGAUUUUGAAUAGCGAAACGUGGCAUUCCCAAACUGAUCAUGAAAUUCUUCCGUCUCUUAUAUUGAGUUAUCAGCAUCUCUCUCCUCCUGUGAAGCGUUGUUUUGCUUACUGUUCAAUUUUUCCCAAGGACUAUGAAUUCCACAAAGAGAAGCUGAUUCUAUUAUGGAUGGCAGAAGGGUUUUUACACUCAGAACAAAGUAACGGAAGAAUGGAAGAGGUAGGUGAUUCAUAUUUUAAUGAACUUUUAGCAAAGUCGUUUUUACAAAAAUGCAUUAGAGAAGAAGAAUCAUACUUUGUAAUGCAUGAUCUAAUACAUGACUUGGCUCAAAAUAUCUCCCAAGAAUUUUGCGUUCGCUUGGAAGAUUAUAAGGUGCAAAAAAUAUCCGACAAGGCUCGCCAUUUUCUCUACUUUAAUAGUGACUAUGACCGGGAUGUUGUAUUUGAAAAUUUUGAGCCUGUUGGUGAAGCCAAACAUCUUAGAACGGUCUUAGAGGUGAAUAGAUUAUGCCGCGGUCCUUUUUAUAGAUUGAGUACAAGAGUUUUACAAAAUAUAUUACCAAAAUUUAAAUCUCUGCGGGUGUUGUCAUUGUGUGAAUAUUGGAUAACAGAUGUGCCUGAUUCAAUACAUAAUUUAAAACAGUUGCGUUACUUGGAUCUCUCUAGAACAAUGAUUAAAAGAUUACCUGAAUCAAUAUGUUGUUUGUGCAAUUUACAAACAAUGAUGCUGAGUAAAUGUCGCUUCCUUGUUGAAUUGCCUUCGAAAAUGGGGAAGUUGAUUAAUUUGCGCUAUCUUGAUAUUAGCGGGCCUAAUUCAUUGGAAGAAAUGCCAAAUGAUAUAGGUCAAUUAAAAAGUUUGCAGAAAUUGUCUAAUUUUACUGUGGGCAAAGAAAGUGGGUUCAGAUUUGGAGAAUUGUGGAAGCUUUCAGAGAUUCGAGGCAGGCUUGAAAUUUCAAAUAUGGAGAAUGUGGUGGGUGUUGAGGAUGCAUUGCAGGCGAAUAUGAAGGAUAAGAAAUACCUUGAUGAGUUAUCCUUGAAUUGGAGUCGGGGGAUUAGUCAUGAUGCUAUACAAGAUGAUAUUCUAAACAGGCUAACACCUCAUCCAAAUUUAAAAAAGUUGUCCAUUGGAGGGUAUCCUGGUCUAACAUUUCCAGAUUGGCUUGGAGAUGGAUCACUUUCAAAUCUCGUGUCCCUUCAGCUUUCGAAUUGUGGGAAUUGCUCAACAUUGCCGCCACUGGGGCAGCUACCUUGUCUUGUACAUAUAAAGAUCUCAAAAAUGAGCGGAGUAGUGAUGGUGGGUAGUGAGUUUUAUGGGAAUUCUUCUUCCUCGCUUCAUCCCUCCUUCCCAUCCCUGCAAACUCUAUCAUUUGAAGAUAUGUCCAAUUGGGAGAAAUGGUUAUGUUGUGGAGAAUUCCCUCGUCUCCAGGAGCUUUCUAUAAGGCUAUGUCCAAAACUCACUGGGGAAUUACCAAUGCACCUUUCUUCAUUGCAGGAACUUAACCUUAAAGAUUGUCCGCAACUGCUUGUGCCUACACUCAACGUUCCUGCUGCCCGUGAAUUGCAGUUGAAAAGGCAAACUUGUGGGUUCACAGCUAGUCAAACUUCAGAAAUUGAAAUUUCAGACGUCUCUCAGUUGAAGCAACUUCCACUGGUACCCCACUAUCUCUACAUUAGAAAAUGUGAUUCUGUGGAGUCUCUACUAGAGGAGGAAAUCCUGCAAACCAACAUGUACAGUUUGAAAAUUUGUGAUUGCUCUUUUUACAAAUCCCCAAACAAAGUUGGCUUACCCACUACAUUGAAAUCGCUAUCAAUCUCUGAUUGUACCAAAUUGGACCUUCUUCUACCUGAGUUGUUCAGAUGCCAUCACCCGGUUCUCGAAAAUCUAUCAAUCAAUGGCGGUACCUACGGUAAUUCCCUCUCGUUGUCCUUCUCAAUAUCGGACAUCUUCCCCAGGUUGACUGAUUUCAAAAUAAUUGGUCUUAAGGGGCUUGAGGAGCUCUGCAUCUCGAUUUCAGAGGGCGAUCCCACAUCUCUUCGUAAUUUGAAGAUCUCUAGGUGCCCUAAUCUUGUAUACAUCCAACUGCCCGCUCUCGAUUCGAUGUGCCAUGAGAUUUGCAAUUGCUCCAAUCUCAAAUUGCUGGCGCACACCCAUUCAUCUCUGCAGGAACUGCGUUUAGAGGAUUGUCCAGAAUUGUUGUUGCACAGAGAGGGUUUGCGUUCCAACCUACGGGAACUUGAAAUAUGUGGCUGCAACCAACUCACGUCACAGGUGGACUGGGAUUUGCAAAGACUCAUUUCACAAUCAAAGUUGGAUGUGAAGACGUGGAAUUAUUUUUCUAAGGAGUGCCUGCUGCCCUCUUCUCUGACUUAUAUUUCAAUCUGGCAUCUUCCAAAUCUCAAGUCUCUUGACAGCAGGGGGCUUCAACGACUCACCUCUCUUCUACAAUUAGAGAUCAGGAAUUGCCCUGAGCUCCAAUUCUCGACAGGAUCUGUUCUUCAACGCCUUAUCUCUCUCAAGGAAUUAGGAAUCUACGCGUGCGGAAGGCUCCAAUCCUUGGCAGAAGCAGGUCUUCACCACCUCACCACUCUUGAAACCUUAAGUAUCAGCGACUGCCCUAAUCUCCAAUACUUGACAAAAGAGAGACUGCCAGACUCCCUCUCUUAUCUGUAUGUCAGAGAGUGUCCUUCACUGGGACAACGGUGCCAAUUCGAGAAAGGGCAAGAAUGGCGUUAUAUAUCUCACAUUGGAACAUGUGGAUACAUUUUUAGGAUGAACAUAGAUGCCUUCUUAUGAGGAACAAAGUUCGAUUAUGACAAUAGAAAAACAUGUGAGCCUAAGCUUAUCUGGAGUCCUUAUGACGAAAGGCUGUUUAUUUUGCAGUAACCAAGGGACCAACUUCAAAAGAUGAUCAUCGAGGUCAUUGACAUGGAUCCUUGAGGUGGCAGUCUUCUUGUGCUAGCUUCUCAUCAACAGAAUUUUCAUGGUCAUGCAUGCACUUCUGUCAGUGACCAUGGGCAUUGGUUCUCAUUGUUUAUCCAAGUCAUCUGUUUCUUUGAAAAGAAAAUUAAAGAGUCCAGGUCUAAAUGGAGAUCUAAUCAUGGACAUGAUCCAAGCUUCUCCUGAUGAUCAACCAAACAUCACAUAGGUGUGCUACAGAUUUUCUAUUUCUCGAGGCUUCAAGUCUGAAACAAAUAUUGAAGAGGAGUGGAGGAGGAUUGAACCAAAGUGCUCACAUUGUGACAUAGAUAGUUGCCAUAUUCUAAUGGCAUGGAAGAAACCAGGGACGUAUUGUGCUUUAGCAAAAUAAUUUUCUAGUCCUAUUGUGGGGAAUUUGGGCAUGCAGCAAACUCUAUCUGUUGAUACAUUUUAGCAACCAGGAUGGACAUAGAAGACUUCUUAUGAGAAACAAAGUUUGGUUAUGAGUAUGGAAAACAUGUGAGUCUGCUUUGAUUGGGAGUCUCUGUAACAAUCUAUUUUGCACUAACCAAGUGGACAACCUUCAAAUGGUAGGCAGAUAGACAAAAAUCUUUGUUUGGAAGUUGAUGCACUCUUGUUUUUGUUUCAAUUUUGGCAAUGUUUUGUUCUUGUUUUGGCUUUCCUGAGGUCUUGACUUUGACUAGGAAUUUCUGUAUAUUUUCUACUGUGGUGGAGAUGAUCAUUGAGAUCAAUGUCAUGGAUCCCAUUUUGGACUAUAGUUAUGAUCCAGGAAGUGACAAUCUUCUUUUGCUAUCUUCUCACAAGCAGAAUUCUUAUGGACAUCCCUACACUUCGGUCGGCAACCAUAGGUGUUGGUUCUCAUUAUUUUUCUCAGCAGGAGUUUUCAGUUUAUUUGAAAAGAAAAUUAAAGAGUCCAAGUCUUAGUGAAAGUUUUUAAUGGAUUUUACUUGAAAACAUUUCCUGCACAAUUUAAUGAUUCUUCUCUAUUAAAAAAAAUGAGAAUUUAUUGUUGGUUCAUGGCUGUUUAUGAAUUUUUUGCCGUGUUGUCAUAUGGUAGUUUUGUCAUUUAUUAUGCCCUUAAUAGAUAUUCCCACUAUUCCUUCAUUUUUCAGUCCUGCCCACAAAUUUGUAUUGUCUUAGUCAACAUUCUUCAUUUUCUUAAUUGUAUGAUUCGGAGACUUAAAAGCUGAGAAUCUUCCAUCAGACCCUGAUGGAUUAUGGAAGCACCUCCACCAAUCAUAAGCACUUGAAGAAGCCUGAAGAAAUGGGCAUUGAAGAAGAUACAGGAACUAAAGCAAGCUCUUGCUGCUUGAACUCCAUCACUCAACAGUGAUGCUUUGAAAAACUGAACCUCAACUGGACUUCAGUCAACUGCUACUCCUCCAGUAUCAUCUCCUAUUCUCACACAUGCCUAUUGGAUUUAAAACAAUUUCUUCCACCGAUUCAUUUUCUUGAUAUUUUCUCUUCUCAUAACAGCAGAGAGAAAAGAUUGAAGCAACAGUUUGGAAACUCCAGCACAGAAAAUCCGAUUCCCCUGACCAGACUCUAAGCCAUGGCAGGCUUUUGGUGACGAGCCCAAACAGCAGCAGCCUCUUUCCAGGGAUAAGGAUAGUGUUCAGGACCAGAAAAUGGUCAUCACAACAAACCAGCCACAGAAGCAACUUCUGGCCCUGAAACUUGGUGUUUUGGAAAGGAGAGUUUUACAGCCACCCCUGCUGCCAGCUCUAAUAUUUCCAGACCCACUGUUGGAGGCAUAAUGCCCAACUUAUUGGUGACUCAAAGAAGAUUGAGAGCAAGUCGGCUACUGAACCUGCUAGAUUGGCUGGUUUCUAACUUAUUUAGUGAGGUUGUAUCAUCCUUAGCACUUCUGGUCAUAAGAGAUGAGAAUAGGCAAAAAAGCAAAAAAAAAAAGAGUUAAGUGGCUUUCUGGGCUUCAUUUAUGCUACUGAGUAUAGAGUGUUUCCCUUAUGGAAUAGAAUACAACAUUUACAUAUGUUCCCUGGUUGAAAUAAUAUAUACUAUUUUGCCAUGUAUUUUUUUUAAUCCAUGAAAAUCUUACAUUA